AUGCCGCUGUUCAGAAAACAGGGAGUGCCCUCUGAGUCGCCCAAGGCUCAGCCCAGCGUGAUAAUCUCCCAGGACGACUCAGAUUUCUCUCUGUACCAAACGAUGUCGGAUUCGUCAGUGGCGGACUUGCCGCAUGGUGUUCCGGGCCGGAGUCGCAGUUCUACGGUGACCAGGUUCAAGAAUCUAUUCAAUCCUCACGAACAUCAGGCUGCAAAGAUGGACCGGGCUGCUGGUUCGGGAAGCCACACAAGGAAGGCUGCGUCCCCGCCGAAGUAUGCUGGAUCCUCCAAUAGCUCACCCAAGCUGGAGUCUGCCGCGGAGCACAAGGCCGUCAACAAUGCUGAGCUGGUGGACUCGCUCACGAAGCUCAAGAUGAUGUCUCCGGUGGCAGAAAACGACCUGGACAGCGUGAUAGAAAACUCCGACAAGCCAGUAAGGCUACCGUCUUUGAUUCCACACAGCGGCUCCAACGCGUCGUCCUCGUCCUCGGUCACGUCUCAGGCACCUGCUCGUGGCCGCUCGGGCAAGUUCAUGUCGAAGUUCCUCGGGAACAACUUAUCGGAGGAAUCGUUGUCGCCGCCGCUUUCUCGGUCGAACUCCAACAAUUCACGGCAGCGGUCGAGCUCAGUGUCUGUGGCGAACUCCGAAAGCAGCCAGCAUUCCUACAUUCCACUCAAACACACGUCAUCUGCCUCUUACUCCCAGAUUCAUAUGAAUUCUCAGAGAGAACACCUAAUGAAGCUCAAGAAUGGGCGUCUUAAGGUAGCCCCGGAUGGAUCCGUGCACGAACACGACUACCUCAAGUACCGGACACCAAUCUCGAAGAACACCAAGUCGUGGUGGGGAUGGACUAAGAAGAGAGAAGUCGAAGACGACGAGUUCCUAAGCAUCGAAAACAGUGUCAGUCUGCUGCCGGACUCGUACUCACUACAGCUGAUGGAGCUCAAGAGCGAUCCAAAGAACUAUCGCUGGAACUACGACGAUUCAGAUUCAGACUCGGGCUCGGACUCGGACGACGAUUCGGAGGAAGAGGAAGACGACGACUUCGACGACGAGGCAGACGACCAGCUCAUAGAGCCGAUCAUCGGCAAAGACCAACUUACGCUUAUGAACAUGAUGAUGGACAAGAUAGAAAAGCCAGAAAAAUUCAAAGAAAAGCUGCAAAGCUCCGGAAGCAAGAAAAUGACAUUAAGCUCCAAGUACGGCCACAUUGGGGGCGUGGUAGGCCGGGGCUCGUUCGGUACUGUUUGUAUCUCUGCCUUGCAGAAUGCGAACAAUAAAAAACGGAAGUCUCUGUUUGCCAUCAAGCAGCUCAAACAGCGGCCGGGAGAGAGCCUGCACCAUUUUGGAAACCGUGUGACGUCCGAGUUCAUGAUUUCCUCAUCCCUGACACACCAAGCUGUGAUCAACGUGUACGAUUUGAUGGUUGAUCCUGUGACAAUGACCUACUCACAGGUGAUGGAGUUCAUGCCCUGCGGCGAUCUCUUCACUCUGAUAGCCAUGACAAACGGUCUGGAGGUGGUGGAGUGCGACUGUUUCUUCAAGCAGAUCCUCAAUGCCAUCACUUACCUGCAUUCGGUGGGUAUUUCGCACAACGAUCUGAAGGUAGAGAAUUUGCUGUUGACACGCAAGGGACAGCUCAAGAUCAUCGAUUUCGGAACGUCUGCUGUGUUCAAGACGGCCUGGGAGGACAAGGUACAGUUUUGCAAGGGAGCGUGCGGUUCCGAGCGGUACGUCUCGCCAGAACAGUUCGUGCCCGACAAAAGCUACGAUCCGCGACUCGCAGACAUCUGGUCGCUCGGCAUUAUCUAUCUGGUGAUGCUGUACGGCACGUACGUCUGGGAGAUUGCGAAACGGACCGACGAGAGCUACGAGCAUUUCCUCGAGACCAGGGCAAUCUACGACUACACGACGAAGUCGAAGUCUGCAAGCAAACAGUUCCGGCUCAUAAGAAAAGGAACUUUCAACCAGAUAGAGUCGAUCUCGAAGGGCCCUUGUGCCAGCUCGCGACGGUACGUGCUAUACAACAUUCUGAACCCAGAUCCAAAGUACAGAAUGCGCUCGUACCAGAUCUGGCAGAGCGAAUGGGUCAAAAGUAUCCAUGUUUGCGAGGCGGGCAGGGGCUUCCUGUCGCAAGAGGACUAUAUCGACAUGGCGUACAAAACACUGAACGAAGAGCAAACUAUACGAAGGGGCUCCGAAACGUAA